AAAAGAAUUGAUAGAGGCUAUAGCAUUUUCCUUUUACAAGAAGCCCAGUUGAUGCAGAUAAUCAGCAAUCCCAAGUGUGACUGCCAAAGAGAUGCACUAUAAACAUACCAAACCUAUAUGUUUGAUUCUGCCAGAAUCCACUACCCAUAUAUAUUCCUUGGAGUUCGAGAGCAAACCUCUCUAGGGUUUCGAAUUGCGUAGAAGCUCCACUUUUGCACGUACAUAUAGCUUUAACCUUGGGGAAUGUCAACUACCGAUGGAAUCCUGGAGGAGCUGCUCAACGUUGAGGUCGAGCUUCAAGAUGUUCAGGACCAUAUAAAGAUAUUACUUGAUCGGCAAGAGAAAUUGUAUGAGAGACAAUCUGAACUGAAGGCCCUGUUGGAAGACUGUGACGCGCCAGGAAGUCCUCGGAAUGAUGGCACUGCUGUUACUGUGGAGAAUUGGUCAGGGCCAUUUGAAUGGGAUUCUCAGGUUGAUGAUUUAAGAUUCAACAUUUUUGGCAUUUCCAAUUAUCGUGCUAAUCAGCGAGAGAUUGUAAAUGCAAUUAUGAGUAGAAGAGAUGUUUUGGUUAUUAUGGCUGCUGGUGGAGGGAAAAGUCUCUGCUACCAGCUUCCAGCUAUUCUUCUGGAUGGAGUUGCUCUUGUUGUCAGUCCUUUACUUUCUCUUAUUCAGGAUCAGGUGAUGGGGUUGGCUGCUUUGGGCAUCCCUGCAUUCAAGUUGACCUCAACAACUGCUAAAGAAGAUGAAAAGUUCAUAUACAAAGCCCUUGAAAAAGGUGAAGGAGCACUUAAAAUUUUGUAUGUCACUCCGGAGAAGAUAUCAAAGAGCAAGAGGUUUAUGUCAAAACUUGAGAAGUGCCAUCAUGCUGGUCGUCUGUCUCUAAUUUCAAUUGAUGAAGCACAUUGUUGCAGUCAGUGGGGCCAUGAUUUUCGUCCAGACUACAAGAAUCUUAGUAUCUUAAAGACUCAGUUUCCUAAUGUUCCUAUGGUUGCUUUGACUGCAACAGCAACUAAGAAAGUCCAAGCAGAUCUGAUAGAGAUGCUACACAUUCCAAAAUGUAUUAAAUUUGUUAGCACAGUGAACAGACCAAAUCUUUAUUAUAUGGUACGAGAAAAAUCAUCUGUUGGAAAGAUGGUUAUUGAUGAAAUUGCUGAAUUUAUACAAAGUUCAUAUCCAAAUGAGGAAUCUGGGAUAGUUUUUGGCUUCUCGGAAGAGUGUGAACAGGUUGCAAAGGAACUUCGUCAGAGAGGAAUUUCAGCUGAUUAUUAUCAUGCAGAUAUGGAUGUAAAUGCUCGUGAGAAAGUUCAUCAGCGGUGGAGCAAUAGCAAGUUGCAAGUCAUUGUUGGUACGGUAGCAUUUGGAAUGGGAAUCAACAAGCCAGAUGUCAGGUUUGUCAUCCAUCACAGCCUAAGCAAGUCAAUGGAGACAUACUACCAGGAAAGUGGCCGUGCUGGGCGAGAUGGACUUCCUUCUGAAUGCCUACUUUAUUUUAGGCCUGGUGAUGUCCCGAGGCAGAGCUCGAUGGUUUUCUAUGAGAAUUCUGGAUUGCAAAAUCUGUAUGACAUAGUACGGUACUGUCAGUCUAAAAGAGAAUGCCGUCGAAGUGCUUUCUUCCAUCAUUUUGCUGAGCCAUUACAAGACUGCAAUGGGAUGUGCGACAACUGUUCGUUUUCAAGUGAGGCCAAGGAAAUGGAUGUCUCUGGACAUGCAAAAGUUAUGUUAUCCUUGCUGCAAGAUAUGCAAGAGAAUGAUCAAAGAAUAACAAUGUUGCAAUUGGUGGACAAGAUGAAGGUUAAGCACAAGGAUGCAGGUCCAGAGAUAAGGAGAGAUGAAUUAGAGCAACUUGUGAUUCAGCUUAUAGUGGAUCGUGUUUUGAAAGAAGAAUUUCAGCAUACAGCUUAUUCUACAAAUUCUUAUGUAACCAUAGGACCUCUUGCAAAGCAAGUAUUGCAAGGAAAGAAGAUUGUUAAGCUUGAGGUUUCUCGAGAACAGAAGAGUAAAGGUGGCAUAACGAAGACUUCCAAAUGUAGCCUGACGUCGUCUGGAUUACAGUAUAAGCUUGAUGAGCUGCGAAAGGAACUUUCUUCUAUUCAUGGGGGAAUAUUUCCUCAUUCGGUCUUGUCAACUCAACAGAUCACCAUGCUAAGUACUCAGAGACCAAAGACAAUAGAAGAGUUGGAGAAGAUGAUUGGAAAGUUGAAGACGGAAAAGUAUGGGAGUAGAAUCCUUGAAGAAAUUGGAAAUUACGAGUCUAACCAUCCGCCUGAUAGUGAUUUGGUGGAUGAAGAAGGGCAAGACAGUGGAAACAGACCCAUGAAGAGGCGGAAAAUUAAAAAAGCUCUUGUUCUCAUUGAGAGUAGUGAAGAAGAAGAAGCAUGAAAGUUUUGAGAGAUGUCUCUGUAAGUUCCUGCUUAGCAUUCUUGUAGAGAAAUGAAAAUCUGUAUACCUACCUAUCUAUGAACGAUUAAAAUCUGAAAUUUUGUGGAAACAAGUUGGCGUACUGUUGGCGCUCUCUUUUCUCUCUUCUUCAGGUAAUUACAAAAGAAGUCAUGUGCUAUUAUGAAAUAUCAUAAAAAGUAAUGUUAUGCA